AUGAGGUUCGCUUCCAUUCAAACAGGGUUCUAAAAAUAAAGCUCAUGAUUUUUUUGAAAAAUUCUUAUAAGUUUUUGUAAAUAACACGUUUGCCCUAAAUUCGAAGCAUUGAGAAACUCAAUUUCCCUUUUGAACUGAUAUAACAACAAGUUUGACAAUAAAAGGGUAAAUUUGGAAUGGAAAAGAUGAGAAACUGUGAAAAAACAUUUUUGAAUAAAAAAAUUGGAAAAUCCCUCCGAUGAAUACUUCGCAUUGGUGCGCACUUUUCCAUUUUCGUUGAUAUUUAAUUUUUAUCGACUUUUUUUAUUAUUUCUUAUCUCUCUUUUAUUGUCUUUGUUAUGCCGUGUUCAAAGUAAUUUCCGCGAAAUGAAAAUUUGUCUCUGGCUCUCUAAAAGCUAGUUAUAUUUUUCUUUAUCAAACGAUUAUUUUGCAUUUCGCGGAAUCACUUUGUAAACGGCAUAAGAUUUACGAAUACGAAAUUUAUAGGCUAGAUAAGUCUUUUUUUGAAGUUUUUAUUGCCAUCAAAGUUUUCUUUCACUUUAUUUUUUAUUCACACUUCUUCUGUGAGCAAUUGAAGUAAAAACAGACUUUAAAGAAAUAUAAUUUACAUUGAGAAACCGCGAAACCUUCCAUCCUGUCAAUCAAAGCUGAUAACCGGCAAUUUUCCCUUCAUUUUUGCAGUUCUUCAUCGUCGGAUAACAGAUUGCCGGAGCGCUAUCGAUGCACUUUACGGCUGGAAAGAGCGCCCACAAACAGUUCCGCAGUGAGAAGAUCGACUUCUGAGGAAUCCGACAUCUCUUCUUUGUGCAACUCGGUGAAUUAGAAAUUAUUUAUAAUUUGAUAAUAAAUUCCAGAUUUCAAAUAUUGUGACAAAAACGUUCUCGCGAGUUUCUUCAACAGUUACAGCGAGAAAUGAGGAUUUCUCGCCGCCAGGGGAACCACAAGCCGACCCGGAACGGAACUAUUGCUUGGGAAGGUGAAAUUCGGCCGAGAUUACUUUUUAAGAGGAUUUUAAAAAUGCAGUCAUUUAGAAAAAAAACAUUGUUGAAUGCUAUUUUACAUCCACUAAAUCCCCAACAGUCGGCUCUUAUCACUGCGCCCCUAUUGCAAAAAACCGUGCCGCUUUUGCAGUAAACCACACCCAGUGGCCAUUUGCCGCCUCAGGCACUGGUGCGCGCACGCGCGGGGGUACUGAUUCUUUUUUCGCCUUUUCCACUGAAAUACGGUUUUGAAAUAUAUUUUUUAUAUUUUUGUGAUACUACCCAGUGCUCCUGCUCACGUUUUAAAGUUGUUCUUACUUUCAAACAAAUUUAUGAAAAAAAUUGCCGAGUGAAACUUUGAUAUUUCAAAUUUUUUUGUGCAAUCUAAUUGUUAUAAACUGGUGCAGAGCAAUGUUAAGAGAUGAACAGACAUGAAAAAAAUAUUGAAUUUAUAACUUUUCAAUUAGUUAAAAAAAGCUAAAAAAACAAAAGAGACACCCGCGCGUGCGCGCAGCAGGCGGCGCGCAUGCGCACUUUUUGGCAACAAACACGCGCCGUCAGUGCCUGAGGCCCAUGAGAUGCCUCUUUUUAAUGAUUUUGAAGAGAGUUUUAUUGUGACAAAUUUUAUAAUUACCAAAAAAAGCCUUACGAAACUUUAAUAAAUCAAGGAUCAAAAUUCAGGACUUUCGAUGAAGCGACAAGAUUCAACCAGCCACUUGCCCCAAUGCGAAAAGUGACUUUCGAUGCACUUCAGUCUGUCCAGGAGGUUUUUUUUUUCAAUCGAUAAAUCAAAGUUAUCAUAUAUUUUCAGGUCCAUGUCCUUUCACAAAAUAGCACGUUUCCCAAGUGCUCCAGCCGUGGGACGAAUAAUCCCUGGAGAAGGUUUUUUGGAUUAUUUUAAGAAAAGGGGAUUUUUUCAAGAUACGGCGCGUUGAAAAAAAUUUGCCAAGUUGGCGGAUUUGCCCCGACGGGAGAAUCGAGAACCCAGCGCAAAAAUCGCAUGGCUUUGGUUCAUAUCGAGGUAUUUUCAGUGAGAAUUGUUUCAUUUUAAAAUAACUCCGUUAAGUUUGAUAUUGCCCGUAUGUGCCGUACUGAAAAUUUUCAGGAACCUUCACAUUGUAUAAAUUUUUCCUCGAAUUGAAAAAGCUAUAAAAAAAUGAUUAUAUGCCGAAAUAAAUGUACAAACAUCUUCAUAGCAUUAAGAAAAUGAAUAAUAUCAGAUUUUCGAAUUUCUAUCAAUCUUAGAGAGCGGAUCAUGUCCAAAAAUAGUGUCAUAAUGAAAAAUACGCGAGUUUUUGGCGUUCGGAAGGUUAAUUUUUGAUUUCGAGUCAUUUUUCGUUUCUUUUUCGCUCAAAAACAGCGCAAGGUCUGUUCGGAAUUAUUCAAAUUCAUCUCGGGAAAAAGAGAACAAUUUUUUGACAAUUUGAAUUCGAGUCUAACAAGUCAAAAAAUUGUGUAAAAUUUUUAAGAGCGGUACGAAUCCUCCACCGCCGCCGCCAACCUGUCAGAUGACUUUGAAUCGUGUCCGAGACAAGACUGGCAAAAAGUUGAUCUUCUUUCAUUUUUUUCAAAAAAACAUUAAAAUAUAAAAUUUCCAGCCAGUUGAACAUACAAUUGGAAAUCGACAAUCAAAUGCAAGCCGAAGAAUUGGCUUGCUCAUUGGCUCAGCAAAUCAAGGUCACUUUCUACAUUUUUCAAGUUGAAUGGACAAAAAUUCAGGCCCAUGUGAUGGCUCAGGGUGAGAGUUGGACCAGAAAAGAGACGGCAUACGAUGAUUCUUAG